AUGAAUCUCGCGGUGCUCCUUGCCGCCCUCCUGCCUCUGCUGGCGCGCCCCGCCCCGGCCCCCUCCCAGUGCGCCAUCGAGGACGACGUGGACUACCGCGGCUCGGACAUCACCAUCCUCACCGGCGUCAACAACAGCGGAACGGUGGUGCCCACCGCCCAGGACUGCUGCAACCUGUGCGGCAACAGCGAGGGCUGCCUGGCGUGGACCUUUGUCAAGGACCCGCAAGCGCUGGGGCCGGGACUUGGCGACGAGGUGGGCGAGUGCUGGAUGAAGGACAGGUUCAAGCCCGGGUGGAUGGAGCACGAGUGCUGCACCUCGGGCGUCGUGGUGUCGGCCAACCCCAAACCGCCCCCCUGCGAGACGGAGGUGAAUUAUGACUACGAAGGAGGCGACAUGAACAACGGGCUGCUGAACGUUGUGGCCAGUGCGGGCGACUGCUGCCGGCAGUGCAGGAGCACGAGGGGGUGUCAGUCGUGGACGUUCGUGAAGGAGCCCAACGUGCUGGGCGAGCGGCGCAAGGAGGGCGAGUGCUGGCUGAAGGAUAGGCUCAAGCCCGGGCGCAGGGCCAGCGCUUGCUGCGUUUCGGGAGCCACCGUGCACAGCGACAACCAGAGGUGA